AUGAAUUCAUACACACUAUGCAUAAGCGAUUACGUUGCCAGCGUAUACCUACAUACGGAUGCUCUGAAUUUUAAGGUGAUCGGCUUGGAAGGGAUUCCCGUGUACACACAUUUCUUUCUACAUAACAGUCAUUGGGCGUUUGGUGCAUUUCUGUGCGAUCUAUGGUUAUCCGUUGACUAUAUUGUCUGCCUCGCCUCAAUUUAUACGGUACUUGGUAUUACCGUCGAUAGGUAUUGUUCUGUAAAGCAUCCGGCCACGUAUCGUAAUUGGCGUACACCACAACGGGUUAUGUUGAUCAUUGCCGUCAUAUGGAUUAUCCCAAGUAUAUUAUUUUCACUGUCAAUAUUCGGGUAUGGAACAUUUACGGGCAAAGGACGAAUGCUAAAGGAGGAUGAGUGCUACGUACAAUUCAUGUCUAAUCCAUACUUAAAUAUGGGAAUGUAUAUUUCAUACUAUUGGUCAACAUUAUUUGUUAUGUUGUACCUAUAUUGGGGUAUAUAUCGAGCAGCAAAGCGUUUAGCUGUGAAAAGUGAUCAGAAAACAAAACGCCUAGCGUUGCUCACCGAAUUACGGAAACCGGAAAUGUCCGUACGAACCAGCGAUGCGAAUCGAAGCAGUUCGGAUUCGCCGAACGAUAACGAUACGAGUGAUAGUAGCAAAUGUUUCAAACCUACACCGUCAUCCGUGCCAGAAUCUUCACCGCCACGCACAUCUGUUGUACGAAAUACGAUGACGGUACACAAUAAUUACGUGAAUCACUGCCCUACCAAUUUUAAACCUAUGUACAGCACUGAGCCGCCCGCACCGGCUCCUUCGCCAACCGAACAACCCCACACGGAUCCGCUAGCACUGGAAUCACUAGCAUUCGAUGCGGAAAUCUCCGGUGAAAUCAUCUGCGAUCCAAUGAUUUUCGAGGAACCGAGUCCAGACGAAAUAUUCGUGGAUCCGGUGGACGACAUGGCAGCUCGACCUCAGUCAUCUCAACCAACACAACAUUCCCCUUCCAUACAAACUAUUUCUGGAUCGACAUCAUCUGAAGCGAUCGCCUUUCAAGCGGUCACAUCAGCGUCAACGCCUUCAUCUCCGCUCGCCUACGAGAUCCUCACCGAGCCGCUGUCCGCUAAUGAUCCGACGACGACGGCGGCGGACGACCAGGAGUCGGAAUCUGAUGCGCAAGGCAGCCAUCAUUCAGCGUUCUACUACCAGGAACCAUCGUCAGUGAUCGAACGGGAAAGUACGGCACCGUGCGUGAGUCCGGAACCAUCACAAACGUCCUGCGCUGAAGAUAUACAGUACUACAGGCCGGAACUUGCAAUUCCGUUCAUUGACGCGGAUAGUGUUUCGUCACUCGUCGGGAACGACGAUCUCCGCCGACUUCGAUCAACGAAACGAAAGGAGGAAGUGCCGAAAAGUCGUCAUGAAGUUCCGAAGCCAACGCCAGCAGCAGAGCAGCCCACGCCCACUCCCCUGGCUGUCGAAGUGGAAAUAUCGCCGAAAGAACAUGUGAAAAUCGUUGAACCACGGCAGAAUAGGCAUGAGAACCAUAAUAAGGAGCAAAAACAACCGCAACAACAACAACCACAACAACAACAAAAGCAAGAACAAACUCGGCGACCGAUUCAGAGCACAUCCACGGGACAAGCAACCACUACAGUAAUCGAGUCACCGGAGGACUCAAAAAUCCCAUUGAUUGCGGUGUCACGAGUGGAAAGCGUGAAAACGGUCGAAGGGGCGGUUGGUCGCCUAUUGACCGCCGUACGUAGCCAUUCGAUACGUCGGAAAAAACCGAAACAGAAGACGCCAGCCUAUAAAUCACGCUCGGAGAAUCGCGCACGGAAAGCUCUACGUACAAUUACGUUCAUUCUUGGCGCAUUUAUCGUAUUAUGGACGCCAUUCUACGCGACUUUAAACGGAUUUAAAAUAAAAUGGGUCAAUCAUCGCCAACGAUUUGCCUACAACUUCUCAGAGACGGAUGGAUUAUGCAUUUAUUCUCUACAAACUAAGAUUAUCUGA